AUGAGUAUAGUUAUCAUCGCCCCACUCAUUUUCCUCUGUCAAUUAAUCUCGGCUCAACAGUUGCUCACAAAUCCACGUUGCAAUUAUUGGCCGGAUCGUGGAACUUGUGAAAAUCAAGAAUUUGUUGUGAAAUGGUAUUAUGAUCGAUACGAUCAUCGAUGUCGACGAUUCUUUUACGGUGGAUGUGAGGGAAAUGACAAUCGAUAUGAUAGUUUGGAAGGUGAGGGGGUUUUUGAGCCGAAUUUUGUGCUGGAAAUGCUGAUUUUCAGCGAUUUUCAGUAUUUUCAGCGUUUUCAGCACAAAAUUUGAGUCUAGAAACAUUUUUGAAUGAAAAAGGUGACCCCCCUGACCAAAAGGGAGGAGGGGGUUCACUUUUCCAAAAAAAAUACAUUUCUAGACCAGAAUUUUGUGCUGAAAAUGCUGGAAUUUAUGGUUUUCAGCGAUUUUUUGGAUUUCCAGCAUUUUCAGCGCAAAAUUUCAGUCUAGAAACAUUUUUGAAUAAAAAAGGUGACCCCCCUGACCAAAUAGGGGGAGGGGGGUCACUUUUUCAAAAAAAUACAUUUCUAGACCGAAAUUUUGUGCUGAAAAUGUUGGAAUUAUUGAUUUUUAGCUAUUUUCAGUAUUUCCAGCAUUUUCAGCGCAAAAUUUCAGUCUAGAAACAUUUUUGAAUAAAAAAGGUGACCCCCCUGACCGAAUGGGGGGGAGGGGGUUCACUUUUCCAAAAAAAUACAUUUCUAGAUCUGAAUUUUGUGCUGAAAAUGCUGGAAUUCAUGAUUUUCAGCAAUUUUUAGGAUUUCCAGCAUUUUCAGCACAAAAUUUGAACCUAGAAACAUUUUUGAAUGAAAAAAGGUGACCCCCCUGACCAAAUGAGGGGAGGGGGGUCACUUUUCCAAAAAAAACAUUUUUAGACUAAAAUUUUGUGCUGGAAAUGCUGGAAUUCAAGAUUUCCAGCGAAUUUCAGCAUUUCCAGCGUUUUCAGCACAAAAUUUCAGUCUAGAAACAUUUUUGAAUGAAAAAGAUGACCCCCCUGACCAAAUUGGGGGAGGGGGUUCACUUUUCCAAAAAAUACACUUCUAGAUCAGAAUUUUGCGCUGGAAAUGCUGGAAUUCAUGAUUUUCAGCAAUUUUCAGCGAUUCCACGUGUUUUAGCACAAAAUUCUGGUCUAGAAAAGUUUUUUUUUUCCAAUGAUCUACAAAAAUAUGGAACUAGAAAGUUCCAAAAGCCCAAAAAUCACUUCUAGACCAGAAUUUUGCGCUGAAAAUGCUGGAAUUCAUGAUUAUCAGCGAUUGUUAGGAUUUCCAGCGUUUUCAGCACAAAAUUUGAGCCUAGAAACAUUUUUGAGUGAAAAAGGUGACCCCCCUUUGACCAAAUGGGGGAGGGGGGUCACUUUUCCAAAAAAAAUACAUUUCUUGACCAGAAUUUUGUGCUGGAAAUGCUGGAAUUUAUGAUUUUCAGCGAUUUUCAGCAUUUCCAGCGUUUUCGGCACAAAAUUUGAGCCUAGAAACAUUUCUGAAUGAAAAGGGUGACCCCCUCUGACCAAAUGGGGGGGGGGGGGGGGAAAGGGGUUCACUUUUCCAAAAAAAUCCAUUUCUAGACUAGAAUUUUGUACUGGAAAUGCUGGAAUUCAUGAUUUUCAGCUAUUUUCAGUAUUUCCAGCAUUUUCAGCACAAAAUUCUGGUCUAGAAACAUUUUUGAAUGAAAAAGGUGACCCCCCUGACCAAAUGGAGGGAGGGGGGUUCACUUUUCUAAAAAAAAAUACAUUUCUAGAUCAGAAUUUUGUGCUGAAAAUGCUGGAAUUCAAGAUUUUCAGCGAUUUUUAGGAUUUUCAGCUUUUUCAGCAGAAAAUUUGAGUCUAGAAACAUUUUUGAAUGAAAAAGGUGACCCCCCUGACCAAAUGGGGGAGGGGGGGUCACUUUUUCAAAAAAAUACAUUUCUAGAUCAGAAUUUUGUGCUGGAAAUGCUGGAAUUUAUGAUUUCUAACUAUUUUUCUUCCAGAAUGCACUUCUCAAUGCCAAUUCAUCGAACCCGACAACAAUCGCAAUCGUUGUUUCCAACCUCACGACCCGGGAACCUGUUCAUCGGACAUUGAGCGCUGGUACUUUGACCAAGUGGCAAAACGCUGUGUUUGUAGUUGGUGGUCGGGUUGUGGCGGUAAUUCAAACAUCUACUACUCCUAUAAUCACUGCAUGUUAAUUUGCGGCGAAUUUGCUGAACAAGGUCCCGCAAUUGAUGAGAAAUAUUGGAAUAGGAUCAGGAAUAAUCAAACAAUGUCGCUGGAAUCGCAGAUGGUGUUCGGUGGAGCGCAUUUGGAUAUUGAGAAACCGGAUGAGGGUUAUCGGGUUGAGGUUCCGUCGGAGAAGAUGGCAAGGAGUUUUAUUAGCAUUUCACAUCAGGAUGAUUCACCGGUAAGGUUGUUAAGGGAUUAGGGUAGUUAAGGUUUUAGGGUAGCUAUUUGAGGUACCUAAAUACUUAAGGUAUUUGAGAUAGCUAAGGGCUUAAGAUAGCUAAGAAGCUAUAGAACCAACUAUAAGAGGCCUUAAGCCUAGAAAAGCCUUUUCAGACCUUAGUUAGUUAACCCAAAGCUUUAGGUUUUUACCUUAAGUCUACAGAGGUUUUAGGUAGUUAUCCUAAGCCUAAAAAAGCCCCUAAACUUUAUUAGCAAGUUUAGUAAGCCCUUAUUUUUGAUCUAUAACAUCAGUUGACUAACUAAGGUAUCUAAGGUUUACUUAAGGUAACGCUGGCCUUUCUAAGAUUCUUAAGGCCUUCCUAAGGUAUCUAUGAUCUUCCUGAAAAUUCUUAAGGCUUUUCUAAGGUACCCGAGGUCUACCUAAGGUAUCUAAAAUCUACCCAAGACUCCUAAGAUCUUCCUAAAGCCCCUAAGACCUACCUAAGGCCCCUAAGAUCUACCUAAGGUACCUGAGAUCUACCCAAGGCUCCUAAGAUCUAUCUAAGAUCUUUAAGACCUACCUAAGGUACCUAAGACCUACCUAAAGUACCUAAGAUCCACCCAAAUCUCCCAAAAUCUACCUAAGGUACAUUAGGCCCACCCAAGGUACCUAAGACCUACAUAAGGUGCCUAAGACCUAGCUAAGGUACCUAAGAUCUUUCCAGCAAUACCUUCACUCUGCCCCGCUCACCGAAAUCCACCAAGACGGCGUCACCAUCCACCGCUACGAUUCCGCGCCCCGUCAACUCCAGGAGCUCCCGCAACCCAACAUGAUCCCCGAGGACCACCAAAAUCCCAACAGCUACCGUAUGAAAUUCCAAGAGUCGUCGAAUUAUGAUAGAGUUAGCGCAAGUCUGCGGAACGAGGCGGAAGAGACGCAGAGACGCAUUCAGGAAUCGAUGCGGAAGGAUUCUUUCCGCACGGCUCCGCAGCGGGAUAUUGUGGCACAAUUUAAGAGCCACCUUGAGGAGCAUGAGAGAAGCCUGCGGGCCAAAUUGGAGGCCCAGUUUCCGGGCUAUGAUAUAGUUUUGACACCGGAAAUCGAGACGGUUAGACAUCCGGAUGGCCGGAAUGUGGUCCGCCAGAGGAUUCAGUGGACAGCGGUUCCCAAGGGGGCCGGGCCGAAGCCUGAGGCUAGGCCUGAGAUUCAGGCUAGGUCCGAACUCCCACAAACCCGGCCCGGAAUCCAAACCAAGCCCGAAUUCCAGCCGGCUACCCCCAACCCCACCGAGGCCCAGUGGACCUUGGCCCCCCAUGAUGAAGCCUGGGCCGCCCGGCAGGCCGAAAAACGAAGAUAUUUGGAGGAACGCGCGCGGAAGAAGGCUGCACGGUAUUCUACAACCACAACUACACGGGCUCCUGAACCAGCUACAGUAACCACAUCGGAUGAUCGGAUUUAUAUACCAACUGUGACUUAUCCGGUGCCUUUGGAGGAGGAAAGGUGGGCUUUUUGAGCUGAAAAUUGCUGAAAAUCAUGAAUUCCAGCAUUUCCAGCACAAAAUUCUGAUCUAGAAAUGUAUUUUUCAUAGAAUUCCGGUUGAUCCAUUUUUUCGGAAAAUGUUUGGCACAAUUUUCUACAGUAGAUUUUCAAGAGUUUCUAGAUCAGAAUUUUGUGCUGAAAAUGCUGGAAAUAUUGAUUUUCAGCGAUUUUCAGCGAUUCCACGUAUCUCGGUACAAAAUUUGAGCCUAGACCAAAAAAGGUGACCCCCCCCUGACCUCAUGGGGGGGGGUCACUUUUUCUCCAAAAAUGUUCCCCGGGAUCAAAUUUUUUUUGCGCUGAAAACGCUGGAAAUCGCUGAAAAUCAAAAAUUUCAUCAUUUUCAGCACUCCUCCACCAACCACCACUGAAUCCUGGGAAGCGAAGCGUCAAGAAUGGGAAGCGCAGCGGCGUAAGGAAGCGGAACGUCGCCGGCAAGAGUGGUUGCGUCAGCAAACCACCACAACUACAACUUCAACUACCCAAGCUCCAACCACAAUUACACAAAGAGCUCCAGCCGAGCCGGUUGAGCAUUACAGGUACUGUAGGGGGGAUUGCUCAUGUUAAACCCUUAAGUUACUAUAGAUUGCUCAUAUUAAUCCCCACAUUGCUCAUAUUAAACCUCCAAAAUUACCAGACUUUAGAUUAUUGCUCAUAUUAAAAAAUUACUGUGUAUUGCUCAUGUUAUAUCAUUUUUAGACCACUCAUCGAACACGUCACCCCUGCGCCUUUAAGCAUUGAAGAUAUUAUUGAAAUCGGAGAUCAGAAACAAAAUUACAUUGAAGAAGAAGAUGACUACGAUGUUCCGAUGGAUUUCCCCGAAACUACACGGCGUCCUAGAGUGAUCUACAGUACACCGAGACCUACAAGAAGACCUGAGCCAAUGCCACCAAGGAAUACACCAAGACCUGCGCUGUCGCUACCAAUUGUAUCGCCACCAACGCAGAAACGUGAGUUUUGGGCUGAAAUUUUGGGCUGAAAACGAUGAGCUUGCUGAAAAUAGAUGAUUUCAUGAUUUUCAGCAUGAAAUUUGGGUCUAGAACCUUUUUUUUCAGCCUUGUAAACAUGUCUUACUGAAAAAAGUGAUCCCCCCCCCUGACUUUGAGGGGAGGGGGGUAUACUAUUUUCUAUAAAAACCUUUCUAAGCUGAAAUUUUGCGCUGAAAACGAUGAGCUCGCUGGAAAUAUAUGAUUUCAUGAUUUUCAGCACGAAAUUUGGGUCUAGAAAAUUUUUCUGAUAUUUUGAACCUUCGUGUAACUCUCUUGGAGAAAAAUUCAAGGAAAUCGACUUUAGACUGAAAUUUUGUGCUGAAAAUGCUGAACUCAUUGAAUUGCGGCGGUUUUGAAGAUUUCCAGCAUUUUCAGCACAAAAUUCUGGUCUAGAAGUGAUUUUUAAGAUUGAUCCAAUUUUUCGGAUUUUUUGGCACAAUUUUCUACCGUACUUUUCGAAGAGUUUCUAGGCUCAAAUUUUGCGCUGAAAAAGAUGGAAAUACUUAUUUUCAGCAAUUUUCAGCAAUUCCACGUGUUUCAGCACAAAAUUCUGGUCUAGAAACUGUUCAAAGGGUACUGUAGCAAAUUGUGCCAAAAAUUCCAAAAAAAUGGAUCAACCAGAUUACUGUCAAAAAUACAUUUCUAGAUCAGAAUUUUGUGCUGAAAACGCUGGAAAUACUGAUUUUAAGUAAUUUUCAGCAAUUCCACGUGUUUCAGCACAAAAUUCUGGUCUAGAGACUUUUCCUACUGAAAAAUGUGACCCCCCUGGCCUAAAAAACGUGGGAGGGGUAUACAUUUCCUAGAAAAAUGCUCCCCGGCUCAAAUUUUGUGCUGAAAACGCUGAAAACCAUGAUCUCCACGCAAAACGAAGGUUUUUUCCAGCAAAAUCCAAGCUUUUCGCCCCGCCCGACAGUGACGAAUAUGCGCAAGACGUGGAUUUCGACCCCUACGUGGAUUUUGUGGCCUAAAAAAACAUUUUACAGCUCCAUUUUUGCUCCAAAAUUUGUAUAACUUCAGUCCCAUGAGACAAUAAAUCAUCAAAAAUUAUAAAUCAUCAAUUUUCUUAUCUUAUCUCUGAAAUUCUGGGGAAAAGAGCAAAAAUGACCAAGUGAUAACAGAAAUAUUACACUUUUUUGCAUCAGCCUCCAAUUUUCUGGUCAAAUUUUUCCCAAUUUUCCAGAUCAAUAUGAUAUUUUGGGCCUUUCUAGGCCUGGUUUCCCAGAUUCCCGCGAUUUUUGCGGGCGCCCACAACACUGUGAACACUUGGGAUGGCCUGCUACAGUAUGAUGAGGAUUGGGGAUAUGUGGAUAUCAGGUAGACCUCGGGGGGCUUCUGGGGGCCUUUCUGGAGGGCUUUCUAGACCCCUAACUCCAAUUUUUCCCAGAAAAAACGCUCACACCUUCUGGUGGCUCUACGCCGUGAAACCUGCCAACCAAAAUCGACCACUUUUUGUCUGGCUUCAAGGCGGACCUGGUUCUUCGGGAACUGGAUUUGGCAAUUUCGAGGAGACCGGACCGAAAACAUUGAAUGGAACUGAUAAUCCAGCAACUUGGGUGGGUUUUGGCUGGAAUUUUUGGGCUGAAAACGCUGGAAAUCUUGAUUUUCAGCGAUUUUCAGCAUUUCCAGCAUUUUCAGCAAAAAAUUUGAGACUAGAAACUGUUCAAAACCUACCGUAGAAAAUUGUGCCAAAGAUUCCGAAAAAAUGGAUCAACUGGAUUAUUGUCAAAAAUACUUUUCUAGAUCAGAAUUUUGUGCUGAGAAUGCUAGAAAUCCUCAAAAUCGCUGAAAAUGAUGAAUUCCAGCAUUUUCAGCACAAAAUUCUGAUCUAGAAAUGUAUUUUUCACAGUAAUCCGGUUGAUCCAUUUUUUCGGAAUUUUGGGCACAAUUUUCUACAGUACCUUUUGAAGAGUUUCAAGGCCCAAAUUUUAUGCUGAAAACGCUGGAAAUGCUGAAAAUCGCUGAAAAUCGCUGAAAAUCUACAAUUUCAGCAUUUUCAGCACGAAAUUCUGAUCUAGAAGUAAUUUUUGUAAGAUUGAUCCAUUUUUUCAAAAUUUUCGGCACAAUUUUCUACAGUACCUUUUGAAAAGUUUCUAGGCUGAAAUUUUGCGCUGAAUAUGCUGGAAUUAAUGAUUUUCACUAAUUUUCAGUAUUUUCAGCAUUUUGAGCUCGAAAUUCGAGCCUAGACCAAAAAAGGUGACCCCCCUCUGACGUCAUGCAGGGGGGGGGGUCACUUGUUUCCAAAAAUGUUCCCCGGAUCAAAUUUUUGUGCUGAAAACGCUGGAAAUUGCUGAAAAUCUUCGUUUUCAGCACAAAAUUCCAGCCAAAAACGUGUUUUUUUGCAGCUUCAAGUAGCUGACAUUGUGUACGUGGACAAUCCAGUUGGCACCGGUUUCUCAUACGUGGAUGACAGCUCCGCCCUCACCACAAACAUCACUCAAAUCGGUGACGAUUUGCUAGUUUGGCUCCGCAAAUUCCUGGCUCUACACAGCGAAUACCGUACUCGCCCCUUCUAUAUUUUCUGCGAGAGUUACGGUGGAAAAAUGAGUACGCAAUUUGCGAAAGUGAUUACGGACGCCGUGAAAUCGUCGAGUUUGAUUUUGAAUUUCCGCGCCGUGGCGCUUGGUGACUCGUGGAUUUCCGCAAUGGAUUAUGUCAACACUUGGGGACCAUAUUUGUAUGCUAAUGUGAGUGGGGUACUGUAUCUAGGUUACUGUAGUUCUUUUGGGGGCGCGAAAAUACGAAAAUUUGACAAAAUGCGAUUUUCCAUACCAAAAUUUGUAAUUCUCGCGGACAAGAGCAAUUUUCCAUACGAAAAAUUUUAAUUUUGGUAUGGAAAAUUUGGUAUGGAAAAUUCUGGGCGAUUCUCCUCGAGAACUACACAUUUUGGUAUGGAAAAUCGAAUUUUUUUCAAAUUUCGCGCGCCUCAAAAAGUUUCCUGGCCAAUUUUUCACGUAGAAUCCGAAUUCACUAUUAUUUUUCCAAUUUUCAGUGAUUUAACCUCAGAAAAAUUCGAAAAACCCGCGCUAAACAACGGGCAAGCCGUCAUUUUGCGGAGUGUCGUUGGAAAAUUGAUUUUUUUGUGGUUUUUUUGGAUGAAAAUUGAUGAGUUUCAGAAUUUUUUGAAAUGCCACCUGGCAAAACUACAAUUUUUCUGUGAUUUAAAGGAGCAUAGGCAUAUUUGGGCUCAUUUUGGAGCAUUUUUCAAGCUCCGCCCACUUUUCUGUGCUUCAAAAGAGUAUAGGCAUGUUCGGGCUCAUUUUGGAGCAUUUUUAUUGCAGUCCUAUCUCGACGAUCAUCAACUCCACGUCGUCCAAACCCAGGCCAGUCAUUGUCAAUCUCUGGUUGAUCAACAAAAAUGGACGCAGGCCACAAAUUGUUGGGGAAACAUGGAAGAAUUGAUUGGAGCCGAGACGAAUGACGUGUCAUGGUAUAAUAUUCUGAAACAGGGUGGAACUGAUGAUUGGAGCUCGAGUGCGGCUCAGAAAAUCGAUAAUCGUAUUAAGAGUCCACUUGGUAAGGAUUUGGAGCAAAAUUUGGAGCAUUUUGAUAUCCCAUAAGCCUACUGUAGGUUACUGUAGGUUUUGGCGGGAGAUUUGGAGCAUUUUGAUAUACCAUAAGCUCUAGGGAAGGUUACUGUAGGUUUUGGCGCGAAAUUUGGAGCAUUUUGAUAUCCCAUAAGCCUACUGUAGGUUACUGUAGGUUUUCGCGUGAAAUUUGGAGCAUUUUGAUAUCCCAUGAGCCUACUGUAGGUUUUAUUUUCCACGUGGCAAUCAUCUACAGUAACCCGGGCGUGUUUGGUGUCUAAAAACGUGGAUUUUUGCCGCCAAAACCUACAGUAACCCAAUUUUUUGCAGCUCGUCUCUUCGACCGCCACGUCCGCCCCCAAAACUUGGAUUCCAUGGCCGACUACAUGAAUACCGUAGUCCGCCAGAAGCUCGGUAUUAUUCCGGACGCGGUGCGGUUCGGUGCGCAAGGCGGAGCGGUUUUCAACGCGCAAGCCGACGAUUUUAUGACACCGAUUUGGGGUACUGUAGAGGAAUUGUUGAAGGAUGGUUAUAAUGUUGUGGUUUUUAAUGGGAAUGAGGAUUUGAUUUGUAAUACGAUGGGUGAGUACUGUAGGGGAGGGUACUGUAGAUCGAUUUGGCGGGAAAAUUUUUGAUCUGGGCACAAAAUUUGAUGAACUUUGAUAUCCCACAUGCCCUACUGUACUUUUUGGCGCCAAAAUUUGAUCUACAGUAAUCUUAGGCUCAAAAUUUGAUGCAUUUUGAUAUCCCACAUGCCCUACUGUAGUUUUUGGCGGCAAAAUUUGAUCUACCGUAAUCAUAAGCUUAAAAUUUGAUGAAUUUUGAUAUCCCACAUGCCUACUGUACUUUUUGGGGCCAAAAUUUGAUCUACAGUAAUCAUAGGCUUAGAAUUUGAUGAAUUUUGAUAUCCCCGGUGUCUACCGUACUUUUUGGCGCCAAAACUUGAUCUACAGUAAUCAUAGGCUUAAAAUUUGAUGUAUUUUGAUAUCCCACAUGGCCUACCGUACUUUUUGGCGACAAAAUUUGAUCUACAGUAAUCAUAAGCUUAAAAUUUGAUGAAUUUUGAUACCCCACAUGCCCUACUGUACUUUUUGGCGCCAAAAUUUGAUCUACCAUAAUCAUAAGCUUAAAAUUUGAUGAAUUUUGAUACCCCACAUGCCCUACUGUACUUUUUGGCGCCAAAAAACUCUACAGUAACCUUGUGGGAUAUCAAAAUGCUCCAAAUUUCGCGCCAAAUUCAAAUUUUUCCCACAGGCACCGCCGCCUGGGUCAAUCGACUCACGUGGGAUGGCAUGAUCUCAUUCAACACCACAGUUCGACACCAUUUUGGCACCAAAAGCUUCCCGUUGGCCGGCUAUCAUAAAACUCAUGCGAAUUUCCAGUUUUGGUGGAUUUUGAGGGCUGGACAUAUGGUGGCUUACGAUACACCGGAAGCUGCGAUUUAUAUGUUGAAAGCUAUUGUUAAACAGUAUAAUCAAUAA